GGUGCUGGCUGGCAGCGCAAGAGGAGAGCAAGCCUACCGUGCCCGAGCGUGCCGAGUCAAACCCAGGCCGACGGCAAGCCUUGUCCGCCACCGCGGCCGGUGCAGGUUUCACGCAGAGCGCGGCCGAGGCGGCCGAAGUCGAGCAGCCUUUGACAUACUGCGGAGGUGGCUUUUGCACCUCCUUCCGCCUUGGUGGACGGCAAUACCGUGCGGUGGUCGACACUGGGAGCCCCUUCCUUCUGGUCAGCACGUGUAGCGAUGGGCGGGGGCCUUCUGGCCGCGCCCGCAGCUGUGCCUCCUACUGCCGAGCCUGGGGCUGCACCACAGCAGCCUCUGGCCGCCCCACCGGCCUGGGCGACACUGACGAGGUCUUUGCUGCAGGCACUGCGCGGGUGACCUGGCGAAGGGAUGCCCUGGAGCUGGGCGGACGACCAUUUGGGUCCGUCACCUACGGCACCAUGCUCGAGGUGGAGUCUUAUGGCGGCAACGGCGGCGGUGCCUUCCUUGGGCUGGUGCGAGAACGGCAAGCCAGGAUCCGACCGACUCUUGUCGGGCAGACGGAUGUCAGGACUCUGUCGGUCGACCUCCGUGCUGCUGGGGAGGAGCGCCUGUCCUUCUCGCGGAUGGCACCUGCGAGAGAUGGUGGCGCUGUCGUCCCUUUGGUCGACCUGCGGAGUCAGGGCGCGGCUGUUCGUUACUACGCUGCCGAGGUAGCUGCUCUGAACGUGGGCGGCCAACGCCUCGAACUGGAAGGACCGCUUGUGGCGGUUCUGGACACGGGAACAACAGGUCUCUCCUUGCCCUCCGCGCUCUUUGAGCGCUACGAAGUGCAGCGCCGCAACCGGGCCGAGGAGCUUGGCCUCAAAGCAGGGCAGGCUGUCGAGAUUCUGCUCAAAGCAGCAGAUGGUGGUGUCCUUCCUCUGAGCCUCAGCCAAGGACGGCAGGAGCCCUACGGAUCGGACCGCUUUGACAUCGUCACCGCGCUGCCCGAGCCUCCAGGCAUCGAGGCCGAUGCACUGGCGCUGUGGACAGGAGGCCCUGCGGGCGUCAAGCGCUUGGCGCUGCAGCAGGGCGACCUCGUGGCUGAGGCUUCCGCGAACGCAGGUAGUCCCGGUUGGGCACAGGCUGACAGGCCGCUGAGCCGGGGAGAUCGGUUCCUUGUUCGACUUGUUGGCCGGCCUGGUGCAGGACGCCAGGCUCUGGAUGCAGCCGUUGGUUUAGCCCCCCGCGGCUCCCGCAUCACCGCCAAGGAGGCAACAGCGUAUCCAGGUGAGCUGAGAUCGGGUGCUGCUUGGCAGACGUUGGCGAAGCCUAGAUCUGCAGUCACAAGCCACAACUAG